AUGUACAUAUUAUUUUACUUUACAAUAUUAGCUGACUAUCCAAGGCUCACAGGAUUACAUACUCAACUAAAACUUAAUCCAGGUUUAUCAAUGGUACCGAAUCCAAGCUUUUUAACGAGUCUGAUAAACUUUCGUACAUCGAAUCCAGUUUCCUAUUCAUCCAUGAUGGAUGAAAUGACAGGAUUCUUAUCAUUUUAUCAAUAUCAUAUAAUUGGUGGUAUGUUUGCAUCGUGUGAAGACAGUCCAAAACUAUUAGAUCCUCGACGUCCAUGUCGAUUUAAUCUAGAUGUCAGUGGUCCAUGCAACGUAAAAAACGGUUAUGGUUAUUAUGAGGGUAAACCAUGUUUUGCAAUAAAGUUGAAUCGUAUUUACGGCUGGCUACCAGAUCCAAUGGUCAAUAAAACGGGUGUUUUACUGAAAUGUGAAGGAUUGACUGAGACAGAUGCAGCUUAUUUAGGCAAAGUAUGCUACUAUGAUACUGAAUCUUUAAAACGUCAUCACGCAUUGAAAACAGAUGAAGAUUGGUGUGAUAAAGAAUAUGGUAUCUACGACCCAAUGUUUUAUCCAUACCUAAAUCAAGGUGGUUAUCAAUCACCAUUGGUAUUUGUACAUUUUCAAAAUCCAAAACGACAUGUAAUCAUAUGGAUAAAGUGUUAUGCUUUGGCAAAAAAUAUCAAGGUCAACACUAAUCUCAAUGAAGGUUCCGUUGUAUUCCAAAUGCUCGUCGACUAA